AUGAGGCACUCCAGUAUACAGCUGCGCUCGGAUGAGCAAGUGCCGGAGAACCUUGUUGCCUUGCUUGAUGGACGAAAUUUAUCCUCCUCAGAACCCUCAGAACCAGAGUCCGAACGAUCAAAGAAAAGGCGAAAAUUGACAGGGCCGAAUACGUCACAGACGCCCCUUCACUCGUAUGAUUCAAAUGACUACUUGACUCUUGCUCGGGUGGAUAUUUACUUGGCAUUUCGGAAAAGCCCAAGCGAGUCAUAUCCAUCGCCCUCUCCAGAUGAGAACGACAAAGAGCACCAGGUGCGGCUUGAACGGUUCGCUGAGAGGACUGAUGGAGAAUACUCAUGUCGGAUCACCACGGUGCACGGUCUUGCCCUUUUCGACGAAGUGAUCCGUUCAAGCAUUGAUCCGCAGACGUUAGAGGUAUUGCAGAUAGCCACAAACCCUCCCAGUCGCCGGCAACCGAAAAAAACAUUGAGGAGCAAUUGCACACUCUCUAAAUCACUGGGCUUUGACCGUGGUGCGAAAAGAUCGGGCUUCGAACUUGACGCACGUGAUUACACGCUCGAUCUUUGCGUCAGGAUUUUAGUGCGCAAUGCAAGGAGCUUGUCUGACAGCAUCGGUAUAUCUCGAAACGACAUACUAGACAUCUGCGCACCCGAAAGUCUACCGGAAAAGACGGAUUCCUGGUCUCCUCGGGACUUUUACGAUAACGUUCAUGUGCCUAAAAGUGAUGGGGUGGCGCCAGAUGUCCCGUCAAUUGAGCAACUUCAGUGUGAGCUGUAUCCUUUCCAGAAGAGGGCCGUUCAAUGGCUUCUCUGGCGAGAAGGAGCCGUAGAAGCCCAUGAGUCUCCUGAAGAGCUCCCAAAGCUCCCUCAUGGAUUUGUACACACUACCGAUGGGGACGGCAGGCAAUGCCUUGUCAGCCAUUUUUGGGGCAUGGUGACAACCGAUGAUCUAGUACCAGUACACAUGGGCUCCGAACCAAAGGGGGGUAUACUCGCAGAAGAGACUGGACUGGGCAAGACGGUGGAGUUGGUGGCAUUACUGCUGUUAAAUCCGGUAAAUCCGGCUAGGCAGUCUCCUUCGCCAAAGGAAUUACCACGGUGCUCCGCGACACUUAUCAUCACACCCCCUGCUAUACUUCAACAAUGGAAAAACGAACUGCAAGGUCUUGCUCCCAGUCUCAGUGUGUUUGUCUACGAAGGACUGCGAGUCGAGGCUGGCAAAAGCGAUCAUGAAGCGCUAAUGUUGCGGUGCACGCAACAUGAUGUUGUUUUGACAACCUAUAAUGUACUCACCAGAGAGAUUCACUACGCUGAGACGCCUGACCGGAGUCUACGCCACCAGAAAAGGUACGAGAAGAGGCUCUCUCCGCUCACACAUAUCUAUUGGUGGCGAGUAGUGCUAGAUGAAGCUCAAAUGGUAGAGAGCGGAGUCUCCAACGCUGCUAAGGUUGCGAAACUCAUACCCAGAGACAUAGCUUGGUGCGUUAGCGGCACUCCGGUAAAGAAAGAUGCGAGGGAUCUCUUCGGGCUUGUCGAUUUUUUGUGCUACAAACCAUAUUGUGAUUUUCCUACACAUGUGUGGGAAAGCCUUGUCACGCGGCAUAGGAACGUUUUCAAGCAAAUUUUUCGUACCCUUGCUCUCCGCCACACGAAAGAUCAGAUCAAAGAUGACAUCCGAUUGCCGCCGCAGAGACGGGUGGUUGUCACCGUACCGUUCACGCAAAUUGAAGAACAGCAUUAUUCGACGAUAUUUGGGCAAAUGGCCGAGGAUUGUGGCUUAAACCUGGAUGGAACCCCACGAAUAGACGAUUGGAAUUCUAAUUCACCUGCUACCGUCGAGAAAAUGCGCAGUUGGCUGAUUAGACUACGACAGACUUGUCUUCAUCCUGAGGUUGGAGCCCGCAACAGGCGGGCCCUAGGUAGUGGUAAAGGACCUCUGCGUACUGUUGGGGAAGUUCUUGAGGUCAUGAUAGAACAAAAUGAUAUUGCGGUUCGCUUGGAAGAACGCACGCUUUUAUUAUCUCAAGCACGAAGGGGGCAGAUCCUUGAACAUGCUGAACAGAGCGAGAAAGCCUUAGAAAUCUGGUCGCACACCCUCGAAGAUGCCGAGUCAAUCGUCCAUGAUUGCAGGGGGCAAUUGAAAGCUGAGAUUGAUCGGCUGAGCAUGACUGAAGAGGCCAUGGAAAAGAGUGACGAAAUGGAAUCAGCGACAGUCAUACGUACCGGACCCCACCGACAAAGACUGCGUGCAGCUAUCGAGAUUGAGCAUAUGUGUACCUUCUUUGUUGCUAAUGCUUAUUACCAACUAAAGACCGAUGAAACGAGGAUCAAACCCGAGUCAGAAGAGUUUUCUGAGCUGCAAAGAAAAGAAGAAAUGACAUAUGAAAGGGCAAAGAUCCUACGCAAAGAGUUACUGCGAGAAGCCCACACCAAGGCUGAAAUGCUGAUGAGCAGGGUUAAUGAAAAGGUUAACGCAAAAUCCCUAGUCAACAUCCCAGAGAUCUCGCCACUCAAAAAUCGAGGGGGCAUUGAAUCUAGAAGUAUUUUUGAGAGACUGGAGAGUAUGAUCGCGAUCAUGCAGAAUCAAGCAAAGCAAAUCAACGAAUGGCGGGAGAAGACAAUUCAACUUCUACUUCUUACGCUUGUCGAUGAAGAGGAGGCUGAUCUUCAAGGAGACGAAUACGAGACCUCGACGAAACGACAAGACGAGGUUUAUGUGUACGUCGACGCUUUGAAGGCCCUCAUUGCGGACCGUCACGACGUUUUGACCGGUCAGGAUAAUGAACUUAUCAAACACGAGAUGAGUGUUGCCUCAAAGCAAGCUAAGGAGGGCAAGGGUCAUUCUCCCGAGCUAUUACUUAAGCUCUUGUCCACCCGAAAUCGACUUAAGCCUGCGAAGGACGUAGGGUCUGUUAGGGGCAUGAUAACAGAGCUUCGUGAACUUAAGACCACUCUCCGGGGAGCGACUGAGAAAGGCAGUUCUCGAGCAGCGGCAGAGCUAUUGCUAAUCAACGUCGCAUUGCAAUAUUUGCAUCAAAUUUCAGCGGGACAAACGAAGGCAGUGGCAGGUCUAGAUCAGGAAAUCGAGUUAUUCAAAGACACCAUGAACCUGCGGCUUGAUUAUUACCGACAACUACAACAUAUCUCAGACACGGUGGCUCCUUACGAGGAAGACCUGAGCGAAGAAGCUCGCAAUGGUAUUCUGCUUGAUAAAAAAGCAUCCGAAUCUCGUACAAAAGCUCGCAUUGCAAUGUUGAAGUCUAAAGGCCGCUAUCUCGUGCAUUUACGGGAUGAAGCCACCAAUGUCGAAAGUCAGAGACUGUGCAUAAUAUGCCAGCAGCCAUUUGAAGUGGGUAUCUUGACCUCAUGUGGACAUUCCUACUGUGUCGAGUGUGUCCGUCUCUGGUGGGGAUCUCAUAGAAAUUGCCCAACGUGUAAAAAGCAUCUGACGAGGAACGAUUUUCAUCAAAUUACUUACAAACCGCAACAGCUUAGCAUGCAGGAAGAAGCGCAGGAGAAAGAAACGGAAGUCAGGGUGGCGAACGGCAUGGAAGAAUCUGCAAUAUAUUCUGGAAUUCGCGACACGGUCCUUCAUCAGAUUAAAAAUAUUGACCUCGGCGGCUCAUUUGGAACGAAGAUCGAUACCAUCGCCCGACACAUAUUGUGGAUUCGAGAGCACGAUCCGGGCGCUAAGUCCAUUGUCUUUUCUCAGUAUCGAGACUUCCUGGAUGUUUUGGCAAGAGCCUUUACUCAAUUUCGAAUCGAUUUUACAGGCAUCGACCGAAAAGAUGGGGUACAGAAGUUCAUGACCGACCCUAGCAAGGAAUGCUUCUUCCUCCACGCCAAGGCAUCAUCUUCUGGCCUCAACCUGGUCAAUGCUACACACGUCUUCCUUUGCGAGCCGCUGAUAAACACAGCGAUCGAGCUGCAAGCGAUUGCGAGGGUGCAUCGAAUUGGACAGCACCAGGUGACUACAGUGUGGAUGUAUAUUGUGGAAGACACGGUGGAAAAAUCAAUCUAUGACAUAUCCGUGACCCGGCGGUUGGCGCACAUGGGUCGCUCACGUGCCAAAACGGGGAGGAGCGAAGAAGCGAAUCUGGAACACAAGAUUGAUGCGGCGAAUACUAUGGAGUUGGAAGAAAGCCUACUUGGAAAUCUUCUUGCCAAAGGUUCAAGCAGUGGUGAGGUGGUUGGUAAGGAAGACUUGUGGAAAUGCCUCUUUCGCGGCCGGCCAGGACACACCCAGUACUCUCCGGAAGCAGAGGGAGCAGUCGCCCGACAUCUUGGAGGGACUGCCGCCGAAGCUCGACUGAACUUGGACGGGCAAUCUUGGAACAGUGUAUGA